GACCCACGCCGAGACCUCAGCCCUCUUCGCCCUUCUCUGGCUCUCCCAAAACACUUCUCAUUUUCCUUUCUAGUUUCACUUCUACUCCUCAUUCCGCCAUGAUUUUCGGCCUCGGUUUCAUCUCCCUCGCUGUUGCCGCUGUUUCUGCCGCACCAGCAGCUCUUUCAGCCAGGCAGUCAACUGUUGGCCCUCAAUGCGCCGGUCUUGGCCCAGGAGUGUUUGACGUCGCCUACAACUUCACGCUCACUGCCUGGAACGCCACAAUAUCCACUAACGAUACUGGUGUCCCGCUUGUCCUUGGUCAAGCUGGUGCCGUCGACGGGGCGGAGUUCAAGGUGUUCUCGACAUGGGCGUCGUACCCCUUCAAUGACUUCCCCUUGCUGACCCUUCUGCACGGAGGUCUCUUCGGCAAUGGCACGUACGGCAAUGUCGCACAGGCAAGCCAGGUCGAAGCCGGUGAUCCUCCCAGCUUCAUUAUACCUCCUCAAAACCCCACCCCACAGAUUUACUGCGGUGUCGCGGACACAGACCCCGCACACGGCGGUUACCCACAGCUUGCCGUCGACGGCGACACCGACUCGUUCUCCCUGUGUCCCACCUCAGGUUCCCAGGUGAACAUCAUCUACAAGUCUACGCCCAACAACUACGGCCAGUAUAUCUACGAUGAGUGCUACGACGUCAAGCUGCUCAUGCUUGGGUUGGAUUAAAACGCGUUUGCGAUGACCGUCUUUUGUCAUGACGAACUAGUGGACUUGGGACUCUUGGACACUGCUACUCGGACCUUCGUAGUUAUUCACGUACGAUACUAGACACGCUACUACUUGUUACACUGUGCAUAUCACCUAAUUUCACUCUUGUUGCU